AUGGAGAAUAAAGAAAGUAAUCCUAAGGAUGCGAAGAGCACCUCAGAUCAAGAUGACAGCAGAGGCAUAGUUCAGCAGAAAACACAGGAAGAAAUUCUCUUUCAUGAGGAAACUAUUGAUCUUGGUGGGGAUGAAUUUGAGUCUGAAGGGAAUGAAACUGUGUCAGAAGACUCAAAUAAUUUUGUGGAUAAACUUAAUGAACAGAUGAUGGAGAGUGUCAUUAUUUCAGAUUCUCCAAACAACAGUGAAGAUGACACAGGUGAACUUGGUUGUCUCCAGGAGAUUGUAGAACAAAUGGAAGUUAAAGAUAAUAAAAAAACACAAGCAGAAGUGAAUAAAGAAGAGUUUUUAAGUAAUGAGAGUGAAACUGAACAUGAAGAAACCCCCAAAGACAUCUCUGAGAUUGGAACAGAUGAUCAGGCCUCUUUAAAGGAAGAAUCAAUUCAAGAAGCAGUGAAGGAGGAACCAAAGUUGGAAAACAAUGUUCCUGUUGAAGCAGAACCAAAUAAUACUGAUGAAAGCAAACCUGAGGACCAGAUAUCAUCACCCAGUACUAGCAAACCGUCUUCUGAGGCUGAGCCUAUCCCUGUGUGUACCAUCUUCAGCCAAGCAAACAAUGUUAAUAACCAGCCACAGUUGUUCCUACCUGACGGCUUUGAGCCUCAGAUGGUAAAAUCUCCCAGUUUUAGUAGUAUAAUUGAGACUCCAGUGAAGUCUAAUCCACAGGUGGUUCAACCAAGCCCUAGUCUAAGCAAGUUCUUUGGUGAUACUGUUAACACUAAUACGUUAGCUUCUGAUUUUUUUGAUUCAUUUACCACAUCCAAUUUUAUUUCUGUUAGUAAUCCCAAUGCGAACUCAUCAGUUCCAGAACAAAUAUCCUCUCUUUCUAAUGGUGGAGACAGUACCUGUGCUUCAUCUAACCCUACUUUCUCUGUGCGAAACAGGAGACCUGAAGCAGGUGGUCCUCCAUCAUCUCUAGAAACCACUCAGUCCCCCAAGCCAUUCUCACAAAUCCAAGCUGUUUUUGCUGGCAGUGAUGACCCAUUUGCCACAGCCUUAAAUAUGAGUGAACUAGAUAGAAGAAAUGAUGCUUGGCUUCCUAGUGAUGAAACCAGAAAUGUUCUAAUUUCAGUUGCCACACAACAGUACAGCACCGUGUUCGUAGACAAAGAAAAUCUCACCAUGCCUGGAUUAAAAUUUGAUAAUAUUCAGGGAGAUGCGGUAAAAGACUUAAUGCUUCGCUUCUUGGGGGAGCAAGCUGCAGUGAAGAGACAAGUUUUAAAUGCCAACUCCGUAGAACAGUCGUUUGUAGGCUUGAAGCAGCUAAUUAGCAGUAAAAACUGGAGGGCAGCAGUUGACUUGUGUGGGAGGCUUCUAACUGCCCAUGGUCAAGGCUAUAAAAAAAGUGGACUGCCUACUAACCAUACAACAGAUUCUUUACAGCUGUGGUUUGUGAGACUAGCACUGCUGGUAAAACUGAAUCUAUUCCAAAAUGCAGAAAUGGAAUUUGAACCAUUUGGAAAUUUAGACCAGCCUGAUCUUUAUUAUGAGUAUUACCCUCAUGUAUACCCUGGACGAAAAGGUUCCAUGGUUCCUUUCUCCAUGCGAAUUUUACAUGCCGAACUUCCUCAGUACCUAGGUAAUCCUCAGGAAUCACUUGACAGACUGCAUAGUAUGAAGAUAAUCUGCACCAAGAUACUAGAAAAUUUGGAACAAGGCUUAGCUGAAGAUGGAAGUAUGACUAACAUUACACAGGAGAACAGACAAGCCUCUGUUCAGCUGUGGAGGUCACGUCUGGGCCGGGUGAUGUACUCAGUGGCAAACUGUCUGCUAAUGAUGAAGGACUAUGUGCUUGCUGUAGAUGCUUAUCACACCAUCAUCAAGUAUUACCCACAGCAAGAGCCUCAGCUGUUGAGUGGAAUCGGAAGGAUUUUCCUUCAGUUAGGAAAUAUAAAGCACCUAUAA